CUGUUAAAAACGCUGCAUGAAGCUUGGGCGGGGCUCCUCCAGUAAACAGGAAGUUAUUUCCUGAAUCACAGAUACACACACAGGAGAGCAGAUCAGCCAGAAGCAUGGCGUCUUCUUCCUCCUUCUCAGAAGAUUUGACUUGCUCAGUGUGUCUGAUCAUCUUCACCGAUCCAGUAACCCUCUUCUGUGGACACUCUUUCUGCAGGGAGUGCAUCACACUUUCUUUGAAAUCACUGAAUCAAUGCCCACAAUGUCGGGCGACUGUUCCUACCGACAUGAUGGAUUUCACAACUAAUCACAUCUUAAAAAGCCUUGCUGAAAAAGCAAAGAAGGAAAAGAAAUCUGGAAAAGACACUGAGGCUGCUGUGGGGUUUUGCCCGGAACACGACGAAAAGCUGAAGUUGUUCUGCGUCACUGAUCAGCAGCUAACUUGUAUUAUAUGCAGAGACUGUGAAAGACAUGAAGGACACAAGUUUAAACCAGUCAAAGAAGCUGCUGCAUCAAUCAGAAAGGAGGUAGAGACUCUGGUGGAAAAAGAAACCUCUGACAUCUGUGCCAUAGAACAUCUGGUCGAGUCACAGAAUGAAGAAAUAAGAAAAUCCGAAGAGAAAUCUCAGCAGCUGAGGAUCCAGAUUAGCAGCCAGUUUCAGGAGAUGCACCAGUUUUUGAAAAGGAGAGAAGAUGAAAUUCUGAAUGAGCUGAAAGACAAGGAGAAAGAUGAGCUUGAGAAGAUGAGAAGGAGCUUAAAUGUUGUUGAAAAAGCUUUAACUGAAGGCAGAGAGGUGGGGGAACAGAUGAAAUCUGUCCUGGAGGUUACAGAUCCAGAGAGUUUCCUAAAGAGCUGGUCAGAGAGCAAAAUGACACCAAAACCCAAAUCCAACCCCAAAGCAUCAGAUCUCAGAGUGGUGACCUCUUCUCUCUCACUGGGUCACUAUGAGAGCCACCUGCAGUUGUUUGUGUGGAAGGAGAUGCGACAGAUGAUCCAGCCUCAAGCAGAAAGGCUUUUAUUUAAGACCCAAGAUCCACCUGAUUGGUCAAAACGGUCUCGUCUUUCUUGUUCUUGUAAAGUGUCUACAGGGCCGGUAGGUUUCUCUAAUUUAUUUUCCUCAUGCAAUUGUAGUUCUAACUAUAACACUUUACUAUCAGAAUGUCAGAAAUACUACACACUUCAAACCACCAACAUAGUUAAUGUAAAUCAGAUCGCACCAGGACCACAUUAUUGGGAGAUAGAUGUUGAAGACAAGAAGUGUUGGACAGUUCAGAUAAAGAAUCAUUCCCUGAUGUUCAAAAAUAACAAAUACACCACUACUCACAAAAAAACUGUAAAAGAAGUAAAGUUUGCAAACAAACCUAAAAAAAUUGGCUUUUAUUUGAAUGGCAACUCUGAGGAGCUCCACUUCUUUGAUGCAGACACCAUGCAGCAUGUUGAAGUUUAAGUUCAGUAUGAGGACAAUGUAGAAAUGGUUAUGUAAAAAGCUAAAGUGUCAGAAAUGAAAUAAUUUUGUUGUGGGGUGAACUUAAACAUGCUGUUGAUGCUAAAAGAAAUUCCACUGUGACUUUUUUAACAGCGAUUCUAAAGUCUCUGCUAAAACUCUUAUUUGAUUAAAGGUUUUGGCAGAAAGAGGGGAACAACCGGUUCUUAGGUUCAGGUUGCAUUUGCAUUUUCACCCAGGAACAGGCUGGUAAAUUCUUUACCUUGACAAAUUCUGUAAUUGGACAAAUGCUGCUGUUGCUGGCAACCCUGUAAUAAGAAACAACUUGUGGAUAAUGUGGUUUAUCUUCAUCUAUGGUCUUUUUCUCUUUUUUUCUGUGUUUCAUCUUUGCUCUUUUAAAAGCUGAAUUUAAAAACAUACUAUACCUUAGAUCUGUUGUAAACAUUUAUUUGUUAAACUGAAGCAUUUUCUUAGCCUAUAGCCAAUGUAAAAAUGCUUAUGAAAUAUUGUGACUUAAAAUUUCAUUUGGUUUUCAUUUGUUGACUUUUAGUCAACAAAUUGGUCAAAAAAUUGGUCCCUCAUCUGGAGUGACCAAUUUUCUGAAAGCUGAGCCUGAUCUCGCUCGGGUACCACCAGGAUUAGACUUUAAUGAAUGCGUUUGAAUUGAAAUUUUAUGACAUGUACAAUGUAAUUCUUGUUUGCUCUUUUAAUAAUCUAAAUGUAAAACACUUGGAUGAUAUGAAUAAACAAAGAAAAAAAAA